AGAUGUUGCAUAUAUAUAUAUAUACAUACUAUUUUUCAAGUUAUUCAAAUGAAAUACGAACAUUCAGUGUUUUUUAACGAACCUCGACCACUCUUGCAGUGACCUAUUUCAGAACCAUGGAGAGCCCAGGGUUUCAGCGCUUGUUGAUCAGUAACGUUAAGUCAUGAAAGCUUUUGAUUUCAGUUGUUAUUUAAUUCCCACCCCCCCAUAGGCCUUCGUCUUAACAUACCAAUGGGGCUUUCUUUCUCCGCCUGACGACUCAUUAUUGUUGCAGAUUAAUAGUUUUACUUGUAGUCCGUAAAUCUGUCACAUGAUAGCAGCAUCAGCCCGCUCCGGUACCCAGAGCUGGGGCUACAGUUCACCGUCCUUACCAGAGGGAAAGUGGUAGCAUUCAGUGGCUUCAUGUAAACACAGUGCGUGCCGGGCUUUGUUUCAGUCUCGCUGGGGUACGUUGUUCUAGUCAUGCAAUGGAUAUUUUGUGGCAAUAUCAGUUUAGGAUCAUUUUACUGGGCGACUCCACGGUAGGGAAGUCAUCGUUGCUGAAGCGCUUCACGGACGGGAUAUACAGCGAUGUAGCGGAUCCCACAGUCGGUGUAGAUUUUUACGCUCGCUCGCUUGAUAUUGAACCAGGGAUUAAAAUUAAACUUCAGCUUUGGGAUACGGCUGGACAGGAACGAUUCAGGUCCAUCACCACCUCCUACUACCGCAACUCCGUGGGAGGCCUGCUGGUGUUCGACCUCACCAACCGCAAGGCCUUCGAGCACGUGCGGGAGUGGCACAAGGAGGUGAGCGAGCACAUCCUCCCCCACCACAUGGUCUUCAUCCUCAUCGGCCACAAGAGCGACCUGGCGUCGGACCGCAAGGUGAGCCGCGAUGAGGCCGAGAGGCUGGCGGGCGACCUGGGCAUCCGCUACGUGGAGACCUCGGCCAAGUGCAACGUCAACGUGGACCGCGCCUUCGAGCUGCUGACGCGGGACAUCUACGAGCUGAUGAAGAUGGGCGAGAUCGUGACGCGGGACGGCUGGGACGGUGUGAAGAGCGGCCUCACCGCCAAAGUGCUCUACCCCGGCGAGGACGACGACGGGGUAGAGCUGGCCGCCGCCACCGCCGAAAGGGGCUGCAAUUGCUGACCGCGUCCACGACCAGGCGGGCGCCGUUCCCUCCACCACCACCGGCACCACCACCACCACCACCACGUCCGGCCCCACCGACCUCCCCGCCUCACCCUGUUUGUAUCGCAAAUAUCCUGGUUUCAAACUCAUCAACCCUUUUCCUCCAACAGAGGAAGCAAGUUGCCUUCAUUCGAACUCACACACACACACUAACACACACACACACACACACACACACACACACACACACAUACACACACACGCACACGCGCGCGCGCGCGCACACACACACACACACACACACACACACACAUCUUGGUGUCUCUGCAAUAGUCCCGCCAGAUACUACCUACUCUGAGGCCCUCCAUCUUAUGUGCACUGCUUUUAUUUUUGAUAACUGAAUGUAUUUAUCAUUUUUUUGAUGAGGACGAGGUGGGCGGGGCAAGUCAUCACAUCCUGAUGGGCAUCCAAUAGAGCGUCUCGUCCCGUGUGUGUCUUGUUAACCAAUCUGGUAUGAGAGCGAACCAGACAGCUCUUCCUUUGCACUGGUCAGAAUUGUAAGACCUAGUGUAGCCUUGACCCCAUUUGACACAAAUGGGGUUGACGGACUACGAUAAAGGCACUAUUGUGGGUUUCUGAAUAGUUGAGUUCCAUUCGUCCAAGGCUUUGUAUACAUAUUCUAUGAACCGUAAAUAAUGAGUAAGAAUAAGGAAAUUAUUAUAUGCCAGUUUAAAAGGUUAAAAAUUAUACAUUUGAUGGUGUGCACGUACAGACACAGUGCACGUUAAGACACUAAAUGUCAACGCGAUAUGAGUUUGGUGCGAUCGUCUCGCUUGUGUAAAACUGUUGCGUGAACUCAUGCCAAAAAGGACUGAAACCUUGAACAAUAUUUGUGAAUAGAUCAGGUCAUGUUUUGUAAAACAUAUUAAUAUUAUUUCUAGUGGAAGUAUAUGUUGAUGUAGAUCGUUGUUAGGCUGUAGCUAGUUGCCACUAAGCAUUUGUUACAUUAUGAUGUCUCAUCAUCAGGGGAUACAAGAUAUACAAUAGAAAUCUACUAGAUUCUCCACCUCCUGUGGCAAAUCUCCAUUUAUAAAGGCAAAGCUAUAGUGACUGGCUCCUUAUGUCAGUUCUCGUAGACUUCACAAGGGUUUAGAAUUGGUGAAUAUUUGAUUGACUUUACCCAGCUUUAAUGCUGUGCUUGUGCAUAGAGUCAUACAGGAAAUAGAAUAGAGGCGAGGCUUUAGUAUUUAGCGACCUGUCCCCAAAUGUUUGGUGUGAUAUUCUUCCACUGUAUAGUUGGUAAGCUGUGGUGGCGAACCAGGCUGUACCGUGUGUAGUCAAAUAGUUCACUCUUUACCGACGUAGCCACCUGACAUCAGUGUACUUACCUUGUAACAUAUUACAUCAAUAAAUGUGCUUCUGGGCCAUGUAUAUCAGGUCAUAAUACGUUGCUUCCAAUUACAAUAACAUAUGUACAAUUUUGGGAGAUGAACAUAAGGCCACGUGUCAAGACAUGGUAUUCUGUUGUAUGGUAUGCCCAUCCAAUAUUAUACAAUAAUCAGCUAUUAAUAUUCUGCCAUAUAUACCAUGGCUGAAAGGUCAGCUUUUCUCUUCUAAUCUAGUCUUUGAACAGCAGGCCAAUAGAAACACGCGUGGUUACAGUACACAAUUGGAUGUAUAAAAAAUGCAGCUUUUAUGUGAUGCUUUGACUUAUUAUUAUAUAUUAUUAUAUUAAGAUAUUAUUUGUUGGUUGAACAUGGCUUAUGAACCCCAAAAAAAAAAAUCCAGCAUAAUUUUCCCUUUAUAGAUUAAAUGAAUCACCUCUCUCCUAUUCUUCCCCUACAUAUGUCAGUGCAACUAUGCUGCUAACAGAAUGCAUCCUAUUUGUAGAUUGCUUAAUAAAGGGAGUAGGUCAGAGAGCAAAUGAGUGAUGCAACUCUUAGUGUAGAUACGUGAUAAGGAUCACUCAGCCUACCACUGGUUUAUUGGGAGACAAUCAUGUAUCAACCUUUAAUUUUCCAACUCAUGUUUUGACCUUUGAUGUAAGGAUUCUAUGUGUAUUUAAUUAAGUAUUUAUGUCUUUCUUGAGAUGCCCAGACUAAUUAUGUGUAUAAGUUGACUUUUCUAACAUUUGAAUUAUGUGAAUCAUUUGAAACAAUGUCAAGGACUCACUGUGUUAAUCUGUGUUUUGUUUAGUAUUCUUUGUGAAUGGUGUGCUACCGCCUGGUCUAUGUUAUUUAUAGUUGCUUGACUUCUCUCUGUGACAUGCCUUCCAUCCACAGCCUGAUAUCUAAGACAAAACCCGAGUCCACUGUAGGAUUAUUUUAAAACAGAGGAAGAUAAUUCAUUCGUUAUUUGCUGUAAAGGCACUGGUCAAAGAUUAUGAUUAUGAACUCUUAAAAUCUGAUGUCUUAAUCUUUGGGUUGUUGCAAAACGUUCUGGCUACAAUACAACUGAUUUAAUAUUGAUGCUGAUGAUUACCCCUACAGCCCUAAUACAUUUAAUCUCCCUUAUCCCCAAUUUUCACGUGACAUUCCACCUUCGGCUAGUGGAAUUGUCGAACAUCUGAAACGUUAGGGAUUAUCAAAAUAUCUAAGAGCAUUCUUUGCUGCAAGACUAUGCUUUUUUUCAUUACCAGUGACACAUUUCACCGUUUUGUUGAAUAAAUGUGAUUUAUUUUAAA